AACAAAGGCUGGCUUAUCAUGGCGGAGGAGCUGGGGAGCUUUAGUACGUCCUCCUGGUCCGAAUGGGAAGGCAUUGAUAUCGAGACUCAAGGUAAGGAAAGCCCAGGGGAAGAUCCUUUCGAAAAUGAGACGACUGGUGAGCAGGCUGACCCGUCUACUGAUUGGGCAUCGUUCAGUGACCCGCCACUGGAAUCAAACGCACCUCUUCCUACACCCGCUAGUCAUAGUAAAACGGUAGAAACUGUCUUUAAAACCUGUUUUGAGGUCCCUCUCGAGUCUAAUGAAGAUACGACAACACUCAGUAGAGUGGGGCCACUUGCCGUUGAAACAAAGUUUUUACAAAGACUUCAUAAAUCGACAGUGUCUCUUUCUUUAUCCAGUUGGUCUCAUUCACUUGUUAAGGAUCAGCUCUUACUCACUCUGCUUGCUCACGAUGAGGAUUGUCAGACAGCAAGUGAACAAAGUACCUCUAUAGAUCUAGAACUCUCGGGAUUCUCACCUUUUGAUUGGACGCAGGAUGACGGAGAUGAAGAGAAAGGGGACAGCGAUAGUGAGGGUGUGUCUUUUUCUCCUGAUCUCAUGCAAGGAUUAUUCAGACAGUGUAAUGGAGGGAUUGAUAGUCCAGUAGAGUUUGAAUACGAUCACGACAAAAAUGAUCAUGAUGAUGUCAGUGUUACUAUUUAUAGUUUGCUAGUAUAA